AUGCCCGCCAGCGGCCCCGGGGACACCAGCAGCUCCGCCCUGGAGCGGGAGGAGGACCGCAAGGAGGGAGAGGAGCAGGAGGAGGCGCGCGGCAAGGAGGAGCGGCAGGAGCCCAGCACCACGGCCCGGAAGGUGGGGCGGCCCGGGAGGAAGCGCAAGCACCCGCUGGUGGAGAGCAGUGACACGCCGAAGGACGCUGCGGUGACCUCCAAGUCCCCAUCCAUGGCCCAGGACUCGGGCCCCUCAGAGCUGUUACCCAAUGGGGACCUGGAGAAGCGGAGUGAGCCCCAGCCAGAGGAGGGGAGCCCUGCUGGAGGACAGAAGGGCGGGGCCCCGGCAGAGGGAGAGGGUGCCGCCGAGACCCCGCCCGAAGCCUCCCGCGCCGUGGAGAAUGGCUGCUGCACCCCCAAGGACGGCCGAGGAGCCCCCACAGAAGAAGGCAAAGAGCAGAAGGAGACCAACAUCGAGUCUAUGAAAAUGGAGGGCUCCCGGGGCCGGCUCCGGGGGGGCCUGGGCUGGGAGUCCAGCCUCCGCCAGCGGCCCAUGCCGCGGCUCACCUUCCAGGCGGGGGACCCCUACUACAUCAGCAAGCGCAAGCGGGACGAGUGGCUGGCACGCUGGAAAAGGGAGGCUGAGAAGAAAGCCAAGGUGAUCGCCGUGAUGAACGCCGUGGAAGAAAACCAGGGCUCCAGUGAGUCUCAGAAGGUGGAGGAGGCCAGCCCUCCUGCCGUGCAGCAGCCCACUGACCCCGCGUCCCCCACCGUGGCCACCACCCCUGAGCCCGUGGGGGCCGACACGGGGGACAAGAACGCCACCAAAGCGGCCGAUGACGAGCCGGAGUACGAGGACGGCCGGGGCUUUGGCAUUGGGGAGCUGGUGUGGGGGAAACUGCGGGGCUUCUCCUGGUGGCCCGGCCGCAUCGUGUCGUGGUGGAUGACCGGCCGGAGUCGAGCGGCGGAAGGCACCCGCUGGGUCAUGUGGUUUGGAGACGGCAAGUUCUCGGUGGUGUGCGUGGAAAAGCUGAUGCCGCUGAGCUCCUUCUGCAGCGCCUUCCACCAGGCCACCUACAACAAGCAGCCCAUGUACCGCAAAGCCAUCUACGAAGUGCUGCAGGUGGCCAGCAGCCGAGCCGGGAAGCUGUUCCCAGCGUGCCAUGACAGCGAUGAGAGCGACACUGCCAAGGCCGUGGAGGUGCAGAACAAGCAGAUGAUCGAAUGGGCCCUGGGAGGGUUCCAGCCCUCUGGCCCCAAGGGCCUGGAACCGCCAGAAGAGGAGAAGAACCCCUACAAAGAAGUUUACACAGACAUGUGGGUGGAACCCGAGGCAGCUGCCUACGCUCCGCCCCCACCAGCCAAAAAGCCCCGGAAGAGCACCACCGAGAAGCCCAAGGUCAAGGAGAUUAUCGACGAACGCACAAGAGAGCGGCUGGUGUAUGAGGUGCGGCAGAAGUGCCGGAACAUCGAGGACAUCUGCAUCUCUUGUGGGAGCCUCAACGUCACGCUGGAACACCCUCUCUUCAUCGGAGGAAUGUGCCAAAACUGCAAGAACUGCUUCCUGGAGUGCGCGUACCAGUACGACGACGACGGCUACCAGUCCUACUGCACCAUCUGCUGCGGGGGGCGCGAGGUGCUCAUGUGCGGGAACAACAACUGCUGCAGGUGCUUCUGCGUGGAGUGCGUGGACCUCCUGGUGGGGCCCGGCGCCGCCCAGGCCGCCAUUAAAGAAGACCCCUGGAACUGCUACAUGUGCGGGCACAAGGGCACCUACGGGCUGCUGCGGAGGCGGGACGACUGGCCCUCGCGGCUGCAGAUGUUCUUCGCCAACAACCACGACCAGGAGUUUGACCCUCCGAAGGUUUACCCACCUGUCCCGGCCGAGAAGAGGAAGCCCAUCCGGGUGCUGUCUCUGUUUGACGGAAUCGCUACAGGGCUCCUGGUGCUGAAGGACCUGGGCAUCCAGGUGGACCGCUACAUCGCCUCUGAGGUGUGCGAGGACUCCAUCACGGUGGGCAUGGUGCGGCACCAGGGGAAGAUCAUGUACGUCGGGGACGUCCGCAGCGUCACGCAGAAGCAUAUCCAGGAGUGGGGCCCGUUCGACCUGGUGAUCGGGGGCAGCCCGUGCAACGACCUCUCCAUCGUCAACCCCGCCCGCAAGGGCCUCUACGAGGGCACUGGCCGGCUCUUCUUCGAGUUCUACCGCCUCCUGCAUGACGCGCGGCCCAAGGAGGGAGAUGACCGCCCCUUCUUCUGGCUCUUUGAGAAUGUGGUGGCCAUGGGCGUGAGCGACAAGAGGGACAUCUCACGGUUUCUCGAGUCCAACCCUGUGAUGAUUGAUGCCAAAGAAGUGUCUGCUGCACACAGGGCCCGCUACUUCUGGGGGAACCUUCCUGGGAUGAACAGGCCGUUGGCAUCCACUGUGAAUGAUAAGCUGGAGCUGCAGGAGUGUCUGGAGCAUGGCCGAAUAGCCAAGUUCAGCAAAGUGAGGACCAUUACCACGAGGUCGAACUCCAUAAAGCAGGGCAAAGACCAGCAUUUCCCCGUCUUCAUGAAUGAGAAAGAGGACAUCUUAUGGUGCACUGAAAUGGAAAGGGUGUUUGGCUUCCCUGUCCACUACACGGACGUCUCCAACAUGAGCCGCUUGGCGAGGCAGAGACUGCUGGGCCGGUCGUGGAGCGUGCCGGUCAUCCGCCACCUCUUCGCUCCGCUGAAGGAAUAUUUCGCUUGUGUCCUGAUCAGAUAG